AUUUGUCUCUACAUCCCUAUAAAGCAGUCACAGAAUAGACUAGAUAGGCUUACUAAUGCUUCAGAAAAGGAGUACUUCAGACGAAGAGAAAGUCCAGGAUACAAGCUUGACCCUGUUGGACCAGUCGACACUGUCAUUAUCAUUACUGUAGCAUCGAUGUAUGGAGCCACUUUAUUUGUCCUACUAUAUGCCUGGUGGAACCGCAACUAUCCCCCAAUCCGCCGGAAGAACCUGCUGGCAACAACAGCUAUGUACAUAACUGCGGCGCUGUGGCUUGUUGGUGACAUUGUUACAAAUGGGCAUGUGCAUUUGGUAGGACCAUUCAAGUACUGCAUAAUCUGGUCUGCCUGGUUCCGGAUGCUUUUCUGCUAUGUCAAUGGCUGCUUUGUGAUGAUUCGCCUUUAUGCUCUCUAUCGAGUAUUUGUUCAGAGCAGACCUAGCCACAGUGUGAGCUACUGGGCGCCACUGAUUGUAUUGGCUGUCCCUAUUCUGGCAUUUUGCAUCACACCCACUGCCCUUGACAAGAUGAAAAUUGCAUACUAUAUCCAAAGCGUCGAGCUGUGCAAUUAUACAGAUCCAUUCCGUUACACAUUUAUGGCCCUGAUGUGGCUCAUUUGGCUCACCAACCUUAUUCUGAUGAUCCUCAUUCGCAAAAUCCAGCCUAGCUUCCGAGAGCACCAUGAGUCAUUCAUUAUAUCUGGCGCUGCCAUUGUGAACCUUGUGAUAACCACUGUUGUGAAUGUCACAAAUCCUACAUUCGCACUGGAUCUCAAAUUGCGAUCAAUUAAUACAAUAUUUGAUUGCAUCGGUAGCAUUUUGGCUCCAUGGAUUAUUAUUAUUUUCCCCUGUUACCAGUGUUUCUUCCACCACCACGAAUACCUCCGCAUGUGGCUGGAUAAGCUGAGGGCUGAUGGGCUGGCUAAGCAGUAUGAAAUUAGCACAGAGACUCAGUUUGGUAACCGUUGCACAUCAUAUUCAAGACUAGGCUCGGACAAGGAACACAUUACAAGACCUCAGCCAGAAGAUAAUACUGAGUUUAUGUUUCACAAUUCAACAUUGAAUAUUAGGCUGUGAAAUACAAAUGAACAUGGG